AUUGUAAACUACAGGUUGAUGAGUUGAGUAAUCGAUGGUGAAUAAAGCUGGCGCAAGUGUACAUCAGCGUAGGGUGAUAUAGGGAUUAUUGGUAUAGGUUGGUACAGGUGCACAAGCUCAGGUGUAGCACCGCGGUCCGCAAGUGGUGUUUGCUGUUGGCAGUAAUGAACAUAUAUGAACAGCAAGUUGCUGCUGCCGGCUAUUGCUGGUUGGAUGACAGAGUCAUACAAGGAAGGACAGCGAGAGCUUGAUAGAACGUCGAACGUCUCAUGUGUCAAAACAACCCAGUCUGUGGGUAAUGGGAGUAGUCAUUACCGUAAUGCCUAUUUUAUGUUUCGUUGAAAGGGAGAUAAAAUAUUUUCGGAGAAUAAUUUGAACAAUUAAUUUUCAGAAAGCUGUAAUAUUUACUUUUUUGAAGUCUCAAAUAGUAAAAGUGACAUGUUGCUUUUACGAAUGAAGUUAAUUAUAUCUCCAAUACUCUUAGUUCUUAUUUGUGUACAUGUUGCUGUUGGAGUUUUUAACCCUUAUCCUAAAAUAAAAAAGCUGCCAAUUCCAGAAUCGGCUGGGAAACCUUUAAUACUAACGCCUUUAAUUGAGUCUGGUAAGAUUGCAGAAGCCAGAAAAGAAUCUAGAGUUUUACCUUUAUUUGGUGACAGAGGAAUAGAGAGUUAUUCAGGAUACUUUACAGUAAAUAAGAACUUCAAUUCCAACUUGUUCUUUUGGUUUUUUCCUUCUCAGGGAAGUAUUUCUGAUGACCCUGUGAUUCUGUGGCUUCAAGGAGGUCCAGGAGCAUCGUCGCUUUAUGGAUUGUUUGAGGAGCAUGGGCCUUUCAUUGUUGACAAAUCAGGCAGCAAGUUACUUCCAAGAAAGUAUUCAUGGAUUAAGCAGCAUAAUGUGAUAUACAUAGACAAUCCAGUAGGAACAGGGUACAGCUUUACAGAUGGAGGUUAUGCUAAAAAUGAAACUGCUGUAGGUAAUGAUCUUUAUUCAGCUGUUAUUCAAUUUUUUAAACUUUUCCCAGAACUGCAAUCAAAUCCAUUUUUUGUAACCGGAGAAUCUUAUGCAGGAAAAUAUGUGCCUGCACUUUCCUACACAAUACAUACCAAGAACCCUAAUGCAACAAUAAAAAUUAAUCUUAAUGGUCUAGCAAUGGGAAAUGGUUUAAGUGAUCCACUUCAUAUGUUAAAAUAUGCGGAUUAUGUCUAUCAACUUGGACUUAUAGACUCUAAUACAUGUAAUCAACUUCAUGUGCAAGAAGACUUAGGACAAAAAUACAUGGAAAAUAAACAGUGGGCAAAAGCAUAUGAGGCAAGUUCAGUCUUUGAAGAUAUUUUAGCAAAGAUUGGUGGCUUAACAGGCUUCUCUUCAUAUUACAAUUAUUUGUAUGCUAAUGGAGAAAGUUUUGGAGGAGAUUUCAGCAGUUACAUACAACAAAGUCAUGUACGUGAAGCAAUUCAUGUAGGCAAUGCAGAAUUUCAUGACGAUAGUACUGUAGGCAGAAACUUGAUGGAAGACUUCAUGCAAUCAGUUAAACCAUGGAUUGAAGAACUCUUGGAACAUUAUCGUGUCUUAGUGUACAAUGGUCAAUUGGAUAUCAUAGUUGCCUAUCCUCUUACAGUGUCUUAUCUGAAUACAUUACAUUGGAGCAGUGCUGCUGAGUAUAAGGUUGCUUCUCGAUUUCCUUGGCAUGUGGGGAAAGAUAUUGCAGGAUAUGUCAAGACUGCUGGCAAUUUAACUGAGGUUCUUGUCCGUGAUGCAGGGCACAUGGUUCCAUCUGAUCAGCCCAAAUGGGCUUUAGACCUCAUUGGUAGAUUUACAUCAAACAAACCAUUCCAUUAAGUAAGAAAAUUGUACUCAAAAUAUUUUUUCUUCACCUUAUUUUCUCUUGUGGUAUUAAUUUUGAAAACUGUUUUUAUUAUUUAAGAUUUUUGUUAUUGCUCCUUGAUUUUUAUAAACAACUUUAGCAUAUUUUUGUCAAACAUUGUAUAUAUUACAUUUUCAAGCUCUGCAUCAGCUGGCUUGCAUAGGUGCCUUAAGGUUAAAUGAAUUUUUUUUUUAAUAAAAUAAUCAUACCAUCUGACACAAAUAAUACACAGUGGCAUGAUUAGUGGACAAUCCACCUUGAGUGGCCUCAAAAUUUACAUUUGUACUUAAAUCUUGGUUGCCUGGGGAAAGAUACUGUCUUCCUAAUAUCAUUUAAAAAUCCUUUACGUACACUUUUAUCAAAAGUUUAAAAAUAUAUUCCCUUUAGAAAGUUCUAAUGUGAAACAAUUUUUUAACUUACUUGUAAAUUAUUAAACUUUGCUUCUAAUUUUGUACACAAACUCUGUAACUAUCUUCAAUUUAUAUUUUCUUCAAUGUUUUUAUAUAAAAAUGCAAUAAAACUACUACAUAAAUUAAAUGUAUUCAGUUAAAAAUACAGA